CUUGGAUUUGUAGAUUCUGUGGAGUGGUUUAACAACGUAAACACUGGGGGGUUUUUUUUUUGGAGUACUUGUGGAUUUUUGUCAUGGGUCAAGGGUGGAAAAGGUUAUCUUUGUUUGUAGUUUUCUUACUAUUUUGGAAGAAUGCUGAUGGAUUUAAAGGUAGAGCUUAUUCCAAUGCCCAUCAUCUGUGGGGUCAGCCUUCUGAUGGUCUUUCACCUCAUGCAGUCCAGUCUUCUAUGUUAGAGACCCGUGUGACUUUGCCUGUUGAAGUGGGCUCCGGUUUGUUCCCUAACAAACCCCUGAAAAGCAGGUCAAAGCUUAAUGCACUCCAGUUUGUCAAAGGUGGUUCUAGCAGCUAUCGGCCAACGUCCCUUGCCCAAACUGCUCCAGGCAGCUCUGUAUCUGCUUCCUUGCCUCUGCCCCCAGUUCAACAGCCUUCAAGCAGUUUGAUGUCCUCUGGGUCAACCAUUUUGGGUGUUGCUAGUGGAUGAAGUUUGGAGACCCAGUAUGCUGCAAGUGGUUCUGGAUCCCUUGUUUCUAACCAAGGAGAGCGUAAUCGCUACUCUGAGCUUGGCAUUUCUGGCCCGUCUACCAGUGAUAGUUUGCAUGUGUCCAGCUCCCAGGCAACAUCUGUUCAUCAAUCAGCAGAUGCCUCUUUGCCCGUGUUCUCUCAGGAGAGUGUCCCUUACAGUAGCUGGUCUAGCCAGGCUCAAGGCUCUGCCACUUCUCGGGGCAGCUCUGGGGCUGUAUUGUCUGCAAGUUCUGUCCAGUCUAUCCCCACACAAGUAGGGAAUAACCAUUACAGUGGCGUGUCCCAGACUCCCACUACCUCUAGUCUGUAUACCGCAGGAUCCCUGAUGUCUAACAAGCUUGAUGCUUUACCCUUGGGGGUUUCUAGCCAGUCAAAAAGUGCUCAAAGUUCACCUAGUGUGUCUACAUCAAGCACUCAGACCAGGUAUGGUACUCGGUUAGCAACUUCUAGUCGUUAUGUCCCUGUACAGGGAGGUAGUAGCUCUAAUAGUUUUUCUCUCAAGCCUCAGGGUACUCUGGGUCAGUAUGCUCCUGGAUCCCCUACCAAAUAUGUAAGGGCUCGCAUGUCUUCACCCCAAGCCAUUUAUAGCCAAACCACAAGUAGCGGGUCUUCCUAUAAAACCGUUUCACAAGUUGGUUCUCGGUCUCAAACGGGAGCUUCUGGUCAGUUUACAUCUCAGGGAGGGAACCAUUAUAGUGGGUUGCUUCCACAGUCUCCAGCUACCUCUAGUCAAUCUGCUCUUGGCUACUCCAAGCUUAUUUCCUCACCCCAAAGGACUUCCAGUCAGUCUGCCAGUGUAUGGAGUUCCCGUAAGCAAUAUGCCUCUGCCUCCCAAGGCAACUCUGGGGCUCAGUUUGGGGCCUCUACAGGUUUUGCCCCAGAAAGAGUGAAUCGCCGUUACAGUGGUUCUGUCCAGCCUCAAGAUACUGCUAGCCAAUUUGCCCCAGGGUCUCCAACCUCAUAUCCAGGUUUAUCGUUGUCUUCACCCCAAGGUGUUUCCAGUCAAUCUAGUUCACAGAAGCAGUUUACCUCUGCCUCCCAGAGAAGGUUUGGGGCCUCUACAGGUUUUGCUUCACAAGGGAUGAGUAGGUUUUACAGUGGUUCUGUCCAGUCUCAAGAUCCUACAAGUCAAUUUGCCCCUAAACCUCAGUCUCCCUACGCAAGUGUAUCACUGUCCUCACCCCAAGCUGUUGCUGGUCCUAGUAUGGUUCAGAGUUCACGGAAGCAGUUUACUUCUGUAUUUAGAGGCAGCUCUGGGGCUCAAUCUGGAGCUUCUACUAGUUUUGCCCCAGAAAGAGUGAAUGGCUUUUACCGUGGUUCUGUCCAGUCUCAAGAUACUGCAAGUCAAUUUGCCCCUGGAUCUAAAUCCUCCUAUGCAAGUGUAUCACUGUCCUCCCCACAAGCUGGUCCAUCUACUACUAUUCAUGGUUCUUGGAAGCAGCUUGCUUCUACCUACAUGGGCAGCUCUGGCACCCAGGGAGUGUCCUCCACUCCCUUCACCCUGCAGGGAGGCACUGCUUAUGGUGGAUCAUCUCGGCCUCAAGAUGCUGCUAGUCAGUUUAUCCCUGGGUCUUCAUCCCCAUAUACAAGUGUGUCAUCGUCCUCAUCCCAAGGUGUUGCUAGUCCGUCCAGCCAAUUGUAUCAAGGCUAUUCUGUGUCCCAAAGCCAGUAGUCUCAAAAAUGGCAGCCUUUAGCCACUCGUUGGACACAAGGUAUUCUGACCUCAGAUGCUGCUUCACAGGGUAGCUCUUCAUCUCAAAGCUCUCCAAUGCAGUUCUAUUCCCUGUCAUCUGCAGAAGGCUCAUCUUCAAGAGUUUCUGGUCCGUUUGUUUCUGCACUGGGUGGUAGCACCAGUUACGGUGGGUCUUUCCAAUCUCAAAGCCUUUCUACAAAGUAUACCCCUGGGUCCCAGAUCUUGCCCUAUGAUCCAAGUGUUUCUGGUCAAGGUACAUCCAGUGCUUCAGCUUCUGAGGUCUUGAGUAGCUACAGUUCAAUUAACAACCAGAAUGAUCCCGCUCCAUCCCGCCACUCUUCCUCAAGCCGCUUCUACUCAGUCAAGGGCUGAAAGACUCCAGUAAUCUGCUGCAAAUGUCCUCCAGAAUUGAAACCCCAAUAAAUGUUUUAAGCAAA